GGGCCCAAAAGCAGAGUAGACUGAGCGGCCAGCAAAGAACAGUCAAGGCAGAAGUCCUCACCUGCUGAGCACCAGCUGUCUCCUGCCCGAGAUGUUCCACCAAGUUUGGGCAGCUGUACUCUACCUCUAUGGCCUUCUCUUCAACUCCAUGAACCAGUGCCCUGAGCAUGGUCAACUAACAGCGCUGAAAGUGGGCGAGAGAGAGUCCCCAGAGCCCCACCUGGGCCUGUGGUACUUCAUUGCAGGAGCAGCCCCCACCAAGGAAGAGCUGGCUACUUUCGACUCAGUGGACAACAUCAUCUUCAACAUGGCUACUGGCUCCGCCCCAAGGCAGCUCCAGCUUGGUGCCGCCAUCCGCACGAAAAAUGGGAUCUGUGUGCCCCGGAAAUGGACAUACCACUUAACUGAAGGGAAAGGAAGCACAGACCUCAGAACUGAAGGCCGCCCUGACAUGAAAACUGACCUCUUCUCCAGCUCAUGCCCAGGAGGAAUCGUGCUGAAAGAGACGGGCCAUGGUUACCAGCGCUUUCUCCUCUACAAUCGAUCACCACACCCUCCAGAGAAGUGUGUGGAGGAAUUCCAGUCUCUGACCUCUUGCUUGGACUUCAAAGCCUUCUUAGUGACUCCCAGGAAUCAAGAGGCCUGUCGGCUGUCCAGCAAGUGACCCUAAGUUCAUCCGUGUCCUAGACAGCCAAGCGGGAGCUGAGCUGUAAGGGGAGACGCUGGAGAUCCUCCACUCCCUCUCAGUAAUAAUAAAGAUGGUUUUCCAAUCCUCA